AUGGGGGAUAGCAGAACGCAAAGUAUUGCUUCCUCGUCAUUGUUAACGGUAGAAGAUGCAAAUUACGAUAAUGUUGAUGUGAAUAAACUCUAUGAAGCAGUGUUGAAGAUAUUGAUCCUUGAAUAUCGGAAUGAAGCAAGAUUCAGAACUCCAAUCCGAGAAAAGUCGCCUGUUUCGUCUAAUCUGGAGGCUAGUAACUCUUCAAGUAUGCUUUCAACUUCAGCCUCUUCAUCUGGAAAGAAUAAGCAAAACGAAGAUGUUUCAUUACCAAGUCACCUUAUUGCAUCACUUGAGAAACGAUUGAACUUGAUUGCCUUGAAGAAAUCAGAUCAAAACAUAGACGAAAUGACAAGAAGAUCACUCUUGAGAUUCUAUAGUGAAGUUUUGGAUCCUAAAUUCAAAGAAGAAGUGAAGAGGGUUAAUAAACCUGAAUAUUUGGUCAUGAAGUUUGUAUCCUCUGCUGAUAAAGAAUUGGUCAAGAUUGGAUCUGUGCCCAGCAAUGAAAUCAGCAGUCAUGUCUUCAAACAGACAGGUGUGUUUGUUCAAAUCUUAAUCAGUUUAGUGCGUCAGGAUAGAAAUGGUGAGCAAAUUGUUACCAAAUUGAAAGAAUAUAAAGAAUCUUUAAAGCCAAAGGCAGGUCCAAUUGCAAGUUCUGCUUCUAAGACAACAUCCACAGCAACCGCAAGUCUUAAGUAUCCACAGCCUUCCUUUAGAGUUGCAGAUAUGGAGCAGGCGAUGAUUAACUUAGUUUCCAAGAUCUUCAAUGUAGAUAAAAUCAAAAUACAGCAAGACGUAUUUAAGGUGAAAGACUUGGCACAGGAAAAAACGCUCCAUAAAGAUGUUCAACAGAUUCAGUUUUAUUUGAGUAAGGAUUUGGGUCAAUUGACUGCUAGACUGUUUUUAGAACCUCAAUUUUAUGAAGAUUGGAAAGCAAGAGAAGAGUCAUUAUGCUCACAGCUACUCAACAAGUAUCAAAUCCCAGCAGCUGUGAAAUUAUUACCGACUCCUCUUUUGCCUUCAGGCGAAGAUUUCUAUAUUUUACCAACAACUCAAUUGAGUAGAUCAUAUUUUGUUGUUCUAUUAAAGAAAUGCAUAGAAUAUGAGAAACAAGAAAAGCAAGUAAUUUCCAACGAGGACAGCUCACGCUCUGGUCUUCUGGAAUCCGAUUCUUCAAGGCUCUUUUCAAAGCAUGUACUAGCAUUAAUUAGCCAUUGUUCGAAAUUCUGGCGCAUAGACUUUCCAACAAGAGCGACAUCAUUGUACACUGCCGCACAUGCUACUGGUAUUUUAAAGGAUAAUUUGGGACUUAUAGACUUAUCGAUGACAGGUACUGUUUUGCAUUUUUGUAAAAGGGUUAUUGAAGAUUUGGGCAAACUUGACUGGGAUGAUAAAUUUUCAUGGUCAAUGAAGGACCAAGAGCUUUGGACAAAAAACUUGUUAAUCAGUUAUAAUGAGGCUCUUUUAGGUAUAAAGGAAUCACUUGGGUUGAUUUUUAAUAAACACGUUAAACCCAAAUUCGGCCCCUAUCUUCAAUUUUUAGGAGACUAUAUCGAAUCUGAUUCACUUUUCAAUAGGGUUGAAGAAACUGGGAUAGUAAAAAAGUGGGAAAAGAAGUUGUCUAAAACCUUGCUUAGGGUUAGUGAAGCCAAAUAUGCCGAUUUAUUGGCAAAUUUGCCCAGAGAUGAUACCCUCAAUAUUGUACAUAUUUUAAACAUAUCUGAUAGCAUCGUUGAGGAUAUCAGGGCACUUCAAAAAAGAUAUAAAAACCCUUUAUUAGGAUUCUUGAAUGUUCCUCGAACUUCUGCAGCUGUAAUAACGGGGAUGUUUGCUUCUGAUUCCAGAAAUAUUUUAAAGCAUAUCAGUGCAUACUCCAAGCAGAAGAAUGAGCCGUUACCUUACGGAGAUGCGAUUGAAGCUUACAAAUCACUAUUCCAGAUUAGGGAUAUUUUCAACCAAGUUUCAUAUUCAAAUGGCAAAUCGUCCAGCGGCGGUAAAGUAGGUUCUGGAAAUGAGUUUAAAUUUGAUUUAGAAGAUUUUUUUUACCCAUUCUUGGAAGAAUGGGUAUCUGAAAGUGGAGAUAAGAUUAGGUCCAUUAUUACUGAAGCUAUUUCAAGAGAUGACUUCAAGCCAAUUGACAUAGACAACGAUUCCAAGAAAUUCUCAUCAUCCGUCUUAGAUAUAUUUGUUCUAGUUAGAGAGUAUUUGAAAAUCUUGAAAAAUUUGAAUUGGUCUAAUGAAUUCCAAGCUGCAAAAAUUUAUACAAAUCUCUUGAAAAGUAUCUCAGAAGGGGUCCUAGCGUAUGCAUCAAGGAUUACUGAUAAAAUUAUCAAGGAAUUAGAUGAAGAGGAGAGUAGAAGGGAAAAAAACGGUACUACUGGUAAUACGUUGGAUGUUCCCCAAACUGAUAUUGAAAAGCGUAAAAGUGGUGGAGGAUGGUUUGAUGAGGUCAAAAAUGUGGUUUCAAACAUUCAAAGCGGCCAAAGCACCAAGUUUGAAAAUGAAGAACCUUACAAUUUCAAACCUGAAACUUGUAUUGCUUUGAAUAACCUUUCAGCGAUGAUGGAGCAAAUGACCAAACUAGAAGACCAUUUAGACCCUGAAUCGAUUUCAAAAACGGUUAUGGCCUAUGAUCCUACUGUCAAUAAGAAAUUCACCAGUCAUGUAUUUUCAGUUAGAAUAGUAAAAGCUGAGAAUAUUAAACUGUCAUCAUCAUCAUCUAACUUGCACCCUUAUAUUACCUUAAUUGAUACCAAGUUGAGAAAGACUAUCGCAAAAACUGGAGUUGUUCAUAAUUCAGAUAAUCCUGAAUGGGAUGAAGAAUUUGAAAUUACAAUUCCUGCAAACACGUCAUUAACGAUUUCUUCGACAGUUUGGGAUCAGCCUAAGUUUGGAACACACUCAAUAUGUGGAAGAGCACUUUUACAGCUAGAUCCCAGAAAUUUCAAGCAUGAUGGUAUACCCCAGGAAAUAUACCUUGAUUUAGAUACUCAAGGAAGGGUAUUGUUGGAAGUUGCAGUAGAAAGUGAGCGUGCGGACGCAAUAUUUGCCAUGGGAAGAGCUCACAGAUCUCUCAAGAGAUCACAAGAAAGGUGCAUUAAGUUAAUCGUUCAAAAGUUUUCUAGAUUCAUUCACUAUUGCUUCUCAAGAAGUAAUUUAAAAUCGAUUUGUGGGAGUAACGGAAAUAUCAAACCGACACAGGAUCAAAUGGACCAGGCUAUGAUGCCCUUAUACAAUUACUUGAAUCUGAACUUAGAAACUUUAGCUCAGUACUUGACGAAUGAAUUACUUAUGAAAGUUAUGAUCGCUGCUUGGUUAGUAGUAAUUGCAAGUGCGGAUGGACUUCUUCUUCCCAAGCUUACAAGUGCAAAAACAUUCAAUUUAUCCUCAUUUGGUUCGAAACUCACACCUUCUAGUGUGAACCUUUUGAAUGCGGGAGGUAGCAAUGGUAGUAGUACUGGAUGGCAAUCUUCAUUGACAACGGCUAUGGUCAAUGUAGGAAAUAGUAUAGGGAUUAGUGGCUUCGGAAAGCUGUUGACAAACCCUGAACUUGAAACAGUUUUUUCAUGGCUCAACUUUUUAUGCCUAGAUUUUUUCCAUAACGGUGGGAAUGGACCAUCUGUUAAAGAUUUGAAGAAUUUACAGUAUCAAACAUUAUUACUUUUACCAGUUUACUACGAUGGAGAUGUGGAGUUUUUGACCCAAGAAGUUGAAAGGUUAUCACCUGCCUUUAUUCAAUCUUUGAGAGAUAGAAAUAACUUUGACAAUUUUCAAAAUAAAGAUAAACUGCCAAAACGUAGAGGAAGUUUAGGUAGAGCUGGAACAUUGGUUCGUAGCAACACCAUAGGUGCUAACGCAACAGCGAAAGCUAGGGCUAAGGCAGUCCAGGAAGUCCAGGAGGCUAACUUAGAUCCAAUAUCUACUCAAACAGCAGCUGAAGAUGUAAUCCUUAGAGUUUUGCUUAUUAAGGGAGAAAAGGGUUUUGUGGCGAGAAGACUUGAACAGAGAGAGAGAUUGGCACAUAGUAUCUCCACUGAGAGGUUGGCCAGAGCUGCAGCAGAGGGUGCUUUAAAACGUUAA